GUACUUUUAGUACUUAUUAGAACGCGUACUGUAACGGAUGAACAAGCGGAAGAAGUGCGACUCGUGCGCGCAGUCAAAGUACCUACCAUAAUUAUUACAAUUCACAGUGUGUAUUAAGGCAUCCACUACAACUGUGAGCAGCGCUCAGCAGUGUCACUCGUGUGCAUAGUGUAAACAGAAGUGACGUGAAACGCGUUACGCAGCGAGAUUAACGCAAAGUGUGUGAAAGCGUAGGUGCAAAAGGAAGAGCGGUUUACCGUGGUGUUUUCGCAAAUCAUUUGCGUUUAAAUAACUUACAGAUUCUACAACACCACCAACAUCAUUUCCGGUUUAAAUACAGAUCAAGCAGCUUAUAGCUAUUCAAUUCUAUAUAAAAGAGGCAACAAUAAAUAUAAUAACAACAAGCUUUUGUACGAACGAAAACACUCGUGUAACGCCAAAAAGAGCGUAAACGAAGUUUAAAGCAGCAAAAAAGCACAACUUUUCAGAUUAGCACCUCACAACCGCUCAUUAUAUGCCGGAUCAAAAUCAGCACCACACUGGCAGCAUGACCAAUUAGCUUUAUUGUUGGUUUAGUGCGAUUAUAUUUUUUUCUUAUUUUUAAGUGUAUCACAUUGCACAAAAGUGUCAAAAUGUGUGAGCACUGAAAUGCACACGCACACACACAGAGCGCCGUGUUUACUGUGAAAUGUUAUAAAAAGUAAUUAACAAAAUUACAAGUGCUAUGCUCAGCAACAACGUGAAGAAAAAGUCCAACAAUAUAUGUGGCAAGUGAAAAACCGACAAAAGAUAGUGCAACAAAAAAGUGUAAUGUGAAAACCAAUUGAAAAGUUUUGUGCAAAAAAUUAAGUAACUAAAAAAUACAAGCUACACAGUGUAAAAAAUAACGCUAAAAGCAACAAAAAAGUGCAGCCAUUACUUACACUUCAACAUUAAAGUAUAUUCAUAUACAUAUAUGUACAUGCAAGCACCGUAUUUUGCAACUUUGUACGGCAACGUCAUCAAGAAGCUACAACAAGUAACAACAAACAGUACGUGCCAUUACAAGCACUGCCGCUAUAGUGCUAGUGCUAGAAGGCGACUGUGCCAUUGCAACUGUCCUCAGUUUAUGUGUGUGUGCAUGCCAAGUAAGGCGCUUGUGCAUGUUAGCGCUGCGCAUUUGUUGGUGUUGGUGCAGUGUAUGUGAAGCGAACAGUGCAGGAGCAGUGCAGUGAAUGUGCAUUCAAAAUGCUUAAAGGAUUAAAAGUUUUUACAUUUUUAUGGCUGACGCAUGCGGCGAGCACUUGGCUGAAUUUCACCGGCGUUCAAGCACAACCGUCAUCAUUAACCGAGAAAAUCCCAUUAGGUGCCAUAUUUGAGCAGGGCACCGAUGAGGUACAAUCCGCGUUUAAAUACGCAAUGCUCAAUCACAAUCUCAACGUAUCGUCACGCCGUUUCGAGCUGCAAGCAUACGUCGAUGUCAUCAAUACGGCGGAUGCAUUUAAAUUGUCACGCUUAAUAUGCAAUCAAUUUUCGCGUGGCGUUUAUUCCAUGUUGGGCGCCGUAUCACCGGAUUCAUUUGAUACAUUGCACUCGUACAGCAAUACGUUUCAAAUGCCAUUCGUGACACCAUGGUUUCCAGAGAAAGUGCUGACGCCCUCAUCCGGUUUCCUCGACUACGCCAUAAGUAUGCGCCCGGAUUAUCAUCAGGCGAUUAUCGAUACAAUACAAUUUUAUGGAUGGCGUAAAAUAAUUUAUCUCUACGAUUCACAUGAUGGACUUUUGCGACUGCAACAGAUUUACCAAGGGCUUAAACCCGGCAACGAGUCAUUUCAAGUGGAAAUGGUAAAGCGUAUUGCCAAUGUAACAAUGGCCAUCGACUUCCUGCAUACGCUCGAGGAUUUGGGACGUUUCACCAACAAAUACAUUGUGCUUGAUUGCCCAACGGAAAUGGCCAAACAGAUACUCAUUCAACAUGUGCGCGAUAUAUCGCUCGGAAGAAGGACAUAUCACUAUUUGCUAAGCGGUUUGGUAAUGGACGAUCGUUGGGAGAGUGAAAUCAUCGAAUUCGGUGCCAUCAAUAUAACCGGAUUUCGUAUUGUUGACACUAAUCGUCGAUUCGUACGUGAUUUCUUUGACAGUUGGAAGCGCUUGGAUCCGGCUACGUCAAUUGGCGCCGGAAGGGAAUCAAUUUCGGCACAGGCUGCGCUCAUGUACGAUGCUGUUUUCGUGCUGGUCGAGGCUUUCAACAAAAUACUGCGCAAGAAACCCGAUCAAUUCCGCAACAACAUCCAGCGACGGGGUCAACAAACACUAAUGGCAGCGGCCUCCACAUCCCUCAACGGUACAAUGGGUAUGGCAGUUGGCGGCGGCGUUGGCGGCAUUGGCAAUGGAAUUGGUGGCAGCGGCGGUAGCGGUGGUGGUGGCGCUGGCAUUGGUAACGGCAACGGUGGUAAUGGUGGCGGUGGCACACCACGAGCGCUCGACUGCAACACAUCGAAAGGUUGGGUGAACCCGUGGGAACAUGGUGAUAAAAUUUCGCGCUAUUUGAGAAAGGUGGAAAUCGAAGGUCUCACAGGCGACAUUAAAUUUAACGACGACGGUCGACGGGUGAACUACACGCUGCACGUUGUCGAGAUGACUGUCAACAGCGCCAUGGUGAAAGUGGCUGAAUGGAGUGAUGACGCUGGCCUUCAACCGCUCUCCGCCAAGUACGUGCGGCUACGGCCACAUGUGGAAAUCGAAAAGAAUCGCACAUACAUCGUUACCACAUUGCUCGAAGAGCCGUACAUGAUGUUGAAGCGCCCCGGCAUUGGUGAGCAAUUGGAUGGCAAUGACCGCUUUGAGGGUUACUGCAAGGAUUUAGCCGAUUUAUUGGCCAAGAAGUUGGGCAUCAAUUAUGAAUUACGACUGGUCAAGGAUGGUACAUACGGUUCAGAGAAUCCCACCGUCCGCGGCGGCUGGGAUGGCAUGGUCGGUGAACUGGUACGACGUGAAGCGGAUAUUGCAAUCGCUGCCAUGACUAUUACCGCCGAGCGGGAGCGUGUCAUCGAUUUCAGCAAGCCAUUCAUGUCGUUGGGCAUUUCAAUAAUGAUUAAGAAACCAGUGAAGCAGACGCCUGGUGUAUUCAGUUUCAUGGAUCCAUUAUCGCAGGAAAUUUGGAUGAGUGUCAUCUUCAGCUACAUUGGUGUGAGCAUCGUACUGUUCUUUGUUUCCCGCUUUUCGCCGUACGAGUGGCGCAUUGUGCAGUAUCAGACAGAUUCUCAUGCACAUCACGAUCAAAUGGCUAAUCAACAGCCACCUGGCAUCAUCGGCGGUGUACCGGUGCCCGGUCCAAUGACCGGUGCGACUAGUGCCACGGCCAGCCCGGCAAAUAUUGGCGUAGUCAGUGCUGGUGGUGUGGCCGGAAGCGUUGGUCUCGGCUCAUCCGGCAACGUAGCGGUCAACGAGUUCAGCAUUUUGAAUUCAUUUUGGUUUGCCUUGGCCGCUUUUAUGCAACAGGGCUGCGACAUAUCACCGCGAUCCAUCUCCGGUCGCAUAGUUGGCGCCGCUUGGUGGUUUUUCACGCUCAUUCUAAUUUCAUCGUAUACAGCCAAUUUGGCAGCAUUUCUCACCGUCGAACGCAUGGUGACACCAAUCAAUUCGCCCGAAGACUUAGCUAUGCAAACGGAAGUGCAGUACGGUACACUCUUACAUGGCUCCACUUGGGACUUUUUCCGGAGAUCCCAAAUCGGCUUACAUAACAAGAUGUGGGAGUAUAUGAAUUCGCGGAAGCAUGUCUUUGUGAGCACAUACGAUGAAGGCAUACGUCGAGUGCGCACAUCAAAAGGCAAAUAUGCACUGCUGAUGGAAUCGCCAAAGAAUGAGUAUGUGAAUGCCAGGGAGCCCUGCGAUACGAUGAAAGUCGGACGUAAUCUGGAUACGAAAGGAUUUGGCAUAGCAACACCGAUUGGAUCGCCUUUGAGAGAUCCGAUUAAUUUGGCUGUGCUAUCGCUGAAGGAGAAUGGCGAACUGAUCAAAUUGCGCAAUAAGUGGUGGUAUGACAAAACUGAAUGCAACCUCAACAAGGACAAUCAGGAGACAUCACGCAGUGAAUUGUCAUUGAGUAAUGUGGCUGGUAUAUUUUAUAUAUUGAUUGGUGGUCUCUUGGUGGCUGUCUUUGUGGCUAUCAUUGAGUUCUGCUUUCGCAGCAAAGCGUCAGUACAGAAAGCGAACGGUUCCAUGCUGAGUUCAGCGUCCGGUGGUGGCUCACAUCAAAGGAAUUCCCUAACAGAUGCCAUGCAUUCUAAAGCGAAAUUGACUAUUCAAGCGAGCAGAGAAUAUGAUAAUGGACGUGUUGGGUACCUCAAUUGUGCCUCUUUGCAGUAUUAUCCAGCCGGACAAUUAAGUGCCGCAUCUGAGGCCGAAACAAUGCACAUGAAUGCGCACAGUCAGGUUUGACAUGAACAUGCGCAGGAAUCGCGCCUUUGACGUACACCCUGCGCACCAACAAUACGCCGCAUAAUGGCCAACAGCCGGCAGGAAACUGAAAAGAUACUGAGCAAUCAUGAUCAAAACGCAACAACAAUGCCCGGCAGCCAGAAUAGUACGCUCAUGCGAAAUCCCGAUGUAAAUCAUCCCUACGCCAAAUAAAUAUAUAUACUAACUUAAAUACACAUAACAUGGAGUAAGAAAAACAUACAUAUACUGAAACAACAUCUAAAAAAAUUAAACGUGUGAAAGUAUCAAAAAUAAAAAGUAAACAAAAUAAAUCAGGAGCGUAUAUAUAUUACUAAGAGUGAAAAGAAAUAAUAAAUGUGUUAUUAUAUAAGUAAAAAUACAUACGAAAUCAUACAUACAUACACAUAUACCCAACAGAUAUUGAGUUUGAAAUUGGUCGAGUGAUAACAAAAACUCUGCGCAGAGGCGCAGUUACAUACAUUACAUUAGAGAGAGAAGGAAUAGAACAUGGUAUUAAUUUCUGUGAUUUGAACAAAAAGUGUGCACUUACAAAAAAAUUUUAUUAGAUUUUUGUUUUAUUUUUUUUCCAACCAUAUUUAAUAUUUUAUAUACAGUCAAAGACAAAAGUUUAAAUACACCCAUAAAAUUUCAAUUUUUAUUUAAAUUAAAUGUUUUAACACAAAUGUAGUGAUGCAGUUUAUUUAUAGUAGAUAAUUAAUCAAUAAUUCAAUGCAAAAAAAAUUCAUUGUUACGCAGAAAAUGGUAAAUUCAUAAAAAAACGUAAAAUUACGCGGAACAAAAUUUUAAAUACAGUGCAUAGAGUUUCAUUUUCUGACUUAAACAAACGAAUAUAAAGGGAAUAAAAUAAACUACUACUACUACUACUUUUAGACGGCAUGACGUAGAUAGAACCAUAUUUUCUAUUUCCGAAGGCGCAAUAUAAGACUACUCCUUUUUGAGAGCUUCUUUCAAGGUUGUUUGCUAGUUGAAGACGCAUUAUAAAAGAUAAAUUAACAAUAUCCAAAUACACAAGUUCCAGUAAAUUGCACUUUAUUUUUUAAUAGCGCGUGAAGACACAAUUUCAAGUAGAAAAUUUCAAGGCGCAGUUGUACGUCUACGAGCGAUUCCAAUGAUUUUUUCAGAAUCUUUUAUCUAUUCCAACGUUUUCAAUUUUCAAACAUCUAAGCAUCGGACCGACAAUUAAUGAUGCAGAAGGCAAUGAUAAUUUGUUACCCUCAAGGUUUAAUAACAAAUAUUGUACAUCCAAUGGCGUUACGAUUAAAUUAGGUUUUUUGUAAAUACAGAAAAACUUGUCAUCAAAAAGUUUGAGUAUAAAUGUUUUGCAUUUAAACAAAGUUUUUUUAAUUUAAAGCUCCGCUAGAUUUCACUUGAGUAAUAGCUUGUAUAUUUACUAUACUACUAGGAGUGAGUACUACCGCAAUAGUAAUUAGGAAGGAGAACAUUCUGUUAGAACACAACUGGUCAAAAGACUGCAUUCACAUGUUUCCUCGAAUAAUUUAUGUGAACAUAUAUCAGCUUAUUUUUCUGUCGCUUGCCUGCAGUAAUGUUUGACCAUACGAAUGCUCUUAGAGUAGUUAGAGUUUGCCAAUUAUAAGAUACUAUCAUUAUUCGCAAAUGACAAUUCGGAAAAAAGGCAUCAUUCGAUACCAUCGAUAGUGGCAUCCACAGUUUUGCAGCUCUAUUCUACAGUCUACUUCCAGAUUUUUCCAUUUUUAUGCUCUCGCAACCUGUUGCACAGACUAUAAUAGUUUUGUUCACAUAACGGUUGUUUGUGUCACCAAGAAAUAUAAGAGUUAGAUAUGGGGUUAUAUAUACCAAAGUGAUCAGGAUGACGAGUGGAUUUGAAAUCCGGAUGUCUGUCCGUCCGUCUGUCCGUCUGUCCGUGCAAGCGAUAACUUGAGUAAAAAUUAAGAUAUCUUAAUGAAACUUGGAAUAUAUGUUCCUUGGCACCAUAGGAAGGUUGCUUUCGAAAAUGAGCAUAAUCGGACCACUGCCACGCCCACAAAAUGGCGAAAACCGAAAACACAUAAAGUGCCAUAACUAAGCCAUAAAUAAAGUUAUGGAAAUAAAAUUUGGUUUGAAAGAUCGUACUAUGAAGGGGCAUAUUUGGAUGUACUUUUUUAGGGGAAGUGGGCUUGGCCCCGCCCCCUACUAAGUUUUUUGUACAUAUCUCGCAAACCAAUAGAGCUAUAUAAACCAAACUUUCUGCAGUCGGUUUUUUUCGCGACUUCCUAAUGCAGUCCAAAAAUGAAAGAAAUCGGAUCAUAACCACACCCACCUCCCAUACAAAGGAUAUGUUGAAAAUUACUAAAACUGGGUUAACUCACUAACCAAAAACGUCAGAAACACAAAAUUUCGCAUAAGAAAUGGCAGAUGAAAGCUGCACUCAGAAUUUUUACAAAAUGGAAAAUGGGCGUGGCAUAGCCCACUUAUGGGUCAAAAACCAUAUCUCAGGAACUACUCGACCGAUUUCAAUGAAACUUGGUUUGUAAUAGUUUCCUUAAAUCCCAAUAAUAUGUUGUGAAAAUGGGCCAAAUCGCUUUACAACCACGCCUACUUCCUUUAUACCAGAACUUUGAAGACGAUCUGAAUCGUUUACUUUACAAUAUAUAAAGUAAGAACUAGUGAAGAUAUCGGUGCAGAACUUUGCACAAAUACUAUGUUAAUAGUGUGGCAGCCCCAGUCUAAAAAUCGCCGAAAUCGGACCAUAUGUUUUCAAGGCCCCAUAUAUCGAACAUGAGGACCUCGGUGCUUCGAACCUAAUAUUAGGGUUUCUAAAAAUCAAUGGACUUUAUAUAAUAUAUAUGAGGAAUAUGUGGGUCAAAUUGUGUAUUAUAUAAUAUUAAUUAAUUUAAAUAAAUAAAUUGCGAGAGUAUAAAAUGUUCGGUUACACCCGAACUUAGCCCUUCCUUACUUGUUUUUUUUUUAAAUCUGGUCUUUAAAAUUUUGUUAUUUAAUAGAAAAUGGCACAGAGUAAAUUCUAUGUAAUUUCAAAACCAAUCGAGAACUCACAAUUAUGAAAUUAUUUUCAAUGUUAUUUUAUAAUAAUUUUCAUCCUCUUCCACGCACAUUGUUUUGGUUCUCAUAGAAAUUAUUAUGGCAAGCAACUUUCCUUUGCUUUUUCCGAUUAAAAUAAAAACACAAUUUAAUUUAAAUUACUUGUAUAUGUAUGUAUGUGGCAAUUUUCACCAAUUAUAAUCAUUUGUAAACAAUUGUGAGGUCAGUAAGUCAUUGCAGCCUAAAGCUUCUACAAAUAGCAGUGACUAUAAAAGCACACCGCAUACAUACGAGUAAAUGCAAAUUAUUUCACCAACACACAUAACACACAUUUUACGGAGACUAAUUGAACUAAGUAAACUCAAUAAAAUAUUUUAUGUACAUACAAUACACAGACAUACGCACACAGGCAGUCAUUUAGAGGUAAAUUAUUAUAGGCUUGGUAGUAUUAGUAUUUAGUAGAUAUAAUCUAUUAAAUCAAAUGUGAAAGUAAAAUUAAAUAAUAAACAUGGAUAAACAAAGUAAACUAUAAGGUAAAUUGCUAAAGUAAAAUAGACACACACACACAUACACUGAAACAGCAACAUAAAGUCGAAUAACAAUGUAAUGAAAUCUUGUAGAAUUAUUUAAAUUUAAGCAGAGCUUUGGCUCAUAAGUUAAAGAGAAACCACAUAUACAACAAAAAAUACAAAAUACUGUAAAGGAAGCUAAAGGCAACUACGAAAACAAUAAAUUAAAUGCUGAAAGCAAGCAUUCAUAUAUGGUAGAACUAGAGAUAUAUGUGUGUGUUUGUAUGUGUGUAUAACAAACGGAAAGCGACAUAGCUGUAAAGAAACCUGAAUGUAACUAAUUGUAUGCCACAAAAAAAGUGGUAACAUUUUAACUUGCAACACAGCUGCAUUUAUGUAGAAACUCAAGCAUAUAUGUAUAUAUGUAUGUGUGUGUGAAUAUGCUGUGCACGAGCGUCAAAGCACUUACGCAUGUAAUGAUAUAUGUAUGCCAAGCGGACCGCUCAUUGCGAGUUCUUAAAGCAAAUUAUAAAAUCUCUAUAUACUGCUGGUAAACACACACAAAUGCACAGGCAUACAGUAAAUACAUAUUCCAGCAACAACAAUGCAGAUAUAUUAUAUGAUAUGUGUGUGUUAGUGCAUCUACAUCUACAUAUAAAUCGAAUAUGCAUAAGCAUAUUAAUAAAUAAUUAAGUUAACUCAACAACAAAGGUGAAAUACACUCAUGAACAAUACGCAUAUGUAAACAUGAAUACAUACAUAUAUGUAUACUUACGCAUAAAUUUAGGUUAAAUGAAAACUGCAAUUAAUUGCAUUGAAAUGACUGAUCACUAAACAUUUUUAAUUAUUAUAUGAAAAAACAAAAACAAAUGAAUAAAUAGAAAUGAAAUCGUAGUAAUAAGCAUUAAUAAAUACAUGUGUAUGUGAAUGCGAAAUCCUUGCUAAAGCAAGGAUAAAGUGAAACUUAAACAAAUGCAAAAACGAUACUUGCAUACAUACAUACAUACAACCUAACAUAUAGUUACCUAGGUACAUUGAAAUAAUAUUAACACACAUACAUUUCCUAUACUUGUUGGCUGCCAGAUAAUUUUUAGCGACAGUUGUUCGACUAUUAUUAUGCAAUAUAACCUACAAUGUUGUACAUAGUUUUUUGUAAAUGCAUACGUAUAUGUAUAUUAUUAAAUUUUAAUGAUUUUAUGCGCAUUUUUUUGUAGGCAAUUUACCCUGAUUUAUGCAAUUACCGUAAAUAAUUUAUUUCGAUUGAAAGCGUAUAUGAUGCGUUUAAAAGCUCAUUGAUCGACUUAACUGAUUUAUUCGCAAUGACCUCUUCAAUUUGUUCUUCCAUUUGUUCUGUCUUAUGAUAAUCAGAACUUAUAUAUUUGCUUCUAUAUCAUAAGCGUCAUAGUACAACCCCAUGAUGAACAGAUAUAUUGAAGUUUCGAUAUUUGCAGAACUAUUUAAGACAAAUUAUUUAUUGUUCAAACUUUUCUAUGAAUAUUCCAUUUCAUCAUGUGUUAUGUCCGAGUACUGCCAUUUAGAUAAGCUAACAAUUUUUUAAUAUGGCUCAGAUAUGAUUCCAUUAUGCUUCCUUAAAAAUUAUGCAGAAUAUAUCUAACUGCCCUUAAGAAAGCUUUUUAAAUUAUCUCUUAAACAAGAAUUUUUUUAUAUUAUAUGGAAAAACUCAUUUAUAACGGGUGAUUUUUUUGAGGUUAGGAUUUUCAUGCAUUAGUAUUUGACAGAUCACGUGGGAUUUCAGACAUGGUGUCAAAGAAAAAGAUGCUCAGUAUGCUUUGACAUUUCAUCAUGAAUAGACUUACUAACGAGCAACGCUUGCAAAUCAUUGAAUUUUAUUACCAAAAUCAGUGUUCGGUUCGAAAUUUUUUAUCGACAAAUUUUGUUCAGCGAUGAGGCUCAUUUCUGGUUGAAUGGCUACGUAAAUAAGCAAAAUUGCCGCAUUUGGGGUGAAGAGCAACCAGAAGCCGUUCAAGAACUGCCCAUGCAUCCCGAAAAAUGCACUGUUUGGUGUGGUUUGUACGCUGGUGGAAUCAUUGGACCGUAUUUUUUCAAAGAUGCUGUUGGACGCAACGUUACGGUGAAUGGCGAUCGCUAUCGUUCGAUGCUAACAAACUUUUUGUUGCCAAAAAUGGAAGAACUGAACUUGGUUGACAUGUGGUUUCAACAAGAUGGCGCUACAUGCCACACAGCUCGCGAUUCUAUGGCCAUUUUGAGGGAAAACUUCGGAGAACAAUUCAUCUCAAGAAAUGGACCCGUAAGUUGGCCACCAAGAUCAUGCGAUUUAACGCCUUUAGACUAUUUUUUGUGGGGCUACGUCAAGUCUAAAGUCUACAGAAAUAAGCCAGCAACUAUUCCAGCUUUGGAAGACAACAUUUCCGAAGAAAUUCGGGCUAUUCCGGCCGAAAUGCUCGAAAAAGUUGCCCAAAAUUGGACUUUCCGAAUGGACCACCUAAGACGCAGCCGCGGUCAACAUUUAAAUGAAAUUAUCUUCAAAAAGUAAAUGUCAUGAACCAAUCUAACGUUUCAAAUAAAGAACCGAUGAGAUUUUGCAAAUUUUAUGCGUUUUUUUUUUUAAAAAAGUUA